AUCUUAGAGAAAAUGUCUACAACAGAUCUGAUGGAGAAUCUCAGGGAAGAACUGACAUGUUUCAUCUGCUUGGACUAUUUCACCAGCCCAGUAACCACUGACUGUGGGCACAGCUUUUGUCUGAUGUGUCUCCUGAGGAGCUGGGAGAAACAUAACACUCCUUUAUCUUGUCCUGAGUGCUGGAGGACCUUGGAGGUCCCUCAUUUCCAGCCCAACGAGCGUUUGGGGAGGCUGGCUGGCAUCGGCAAGCAACUCAGAUCCCAGGUGCUACAGAAUGAGGGCAAACAAGGCCCCUGUGAGAGAAUGCUGGCAGCCGCUAACGUGUCCCCGGAUGAUGAGCAGGGUGUAAACGCUUUCUCAACCCAGUGCCAUGGAUUAAACAGAGUGUAUCUCUCGAGUGAGGCUGAGGAGCAUCACAAAGAGAAACUCCAGAAAAUCCUAAAUCUUUUGCGUAAAAAGAAAAAGGAAACUCAGGUUAUAUUAACCCAUGAGAAGGAGAGAGUAAUAUUGUGUAAGGAAGAGACAAAGACUUGUAAACAGGUAGUUGCAUCAGAAUACGUAAAAAUGCACCAGUUCCUGAAGGAGGAGGAGCAGCUGCAGCUCCAGUUACUGGAAAAGGAGGAAAGAGAGAACCUGAAGAAACUAAGGGACAAUGAGAUCGAGCUGACCCAGCAAAUAAGAAACCUAAGUAAAAUGAUCGGACAGAUAGAGUCCAUGUGCCAGAACUUGAUUAUAGAAUCUUUUGAGGAUGUCAAAGAAACACUGAAAAGGAGUGAGGCGCUCUUGCUUCGGUGUCCAGAGGCCACCACCACAGAACUGAGUCUGUGCCGCAUCACCGGAAUGAGGGAGAUGCUAAGAAAAUUCAGCACAGAUAUAACUCUUGAUCCAGCCACAGCGAAUGUCUAUCUUGUCUUAUCUGAGGAUCUGAAGAGUGUGAGAUAUGGAGGCAUCCGACAGCAGUUACCUGAUAAUCCAGAAAGAUUUGACCAGUCUGCAACUGUGUUGGGUGCUCAGAGCUUCACCUGUGGGAGACAUUACUGGGAGGUGGAAGUGGGGUGCAAGACUGAGUGGGAAGUGGGCAUCUGUAAGGACUCUGUGAGCAGAAAGGGAAAUCUCCCAAAGCCACCUGGGGACCUCUUCUCACUUAUAGGCUUAAAAAUUGGAGAUGAUUAUAGUCUUUGGGUCUCAUCACCUUUAAAAGGUCAACAUGUCAGAGAGCCUGUGCAUAAGGUUGGUGUGUUCUUAGACUAUGAGUCUGGACAUAUAGCAUUCUACAACGUGAUAGAAGAAUCCCUCAUCUACAGCUUCCCUCCAGUCUCUUUCCAAGAGGCUCUCAGGCCUAUCUUUUCUCCUUGCCUCCCAAACGAAGGGACAAACACAGGGCCUCUCACCAUCUGCUCACUGAAUAGCCACGUCUGGGGGAGAUGCCCCUGA